CUAUUGCCAGUGUGACUUUUUUAAGAAUAAAGUUUUAGAUUCUCAAAAGAACCUUAGUUGCCCCCAUGUACUAGCAGUUUAUUUAGCGAAAAUUGUGAAAAAAAUUAAAAAAGAGACAUUAUCGGAAAGAGUUUUUCAGGAGUAUUUAGAAACAUGGAUCGAGAAACACAACCGAAAGUGAAAACUCCAAUGACAGAGGCCGAAAGGCUGGAAUUAGCCAAAAAAUUAGAUGAAGAACUGGAUGAAUUCAUCAAUAACCUUCCCAGGAAGAAAUACGAGGAUGGAUGGCCUGAAGACCGAUGGGAAGAGGAAAUGGCAAAACAUCCAUUUUUCAUGAAAGAAGCUCCAAAGCCAGGUGACAAGUUGCACCCUCUCUAUGAGGGCCUACAAAAGUUAAAAUAUGAUCCAGAGGAAAAUGAACCUGAAGAACUGGCGAUAUCAUAUAAAGAAGAUGGAAACUUUAAUUUUAAACACAAAAACUACAGACUUGCCAUAGUGGCCUAUACCGAGGGCCUAAAGCAGAAAUGUGGUAAUCCCGAAAUUGAGGCAAGUUUAUUAAAUAAUAGGGCCGCUUCCCAUUGGUUUUUACAAAAUUAUAGGUCUUGCCUAAAAGAUUGCGAGUUAGCCCUAAAGCAUAAGCCCGAUUAUGAAAAAGUGCUUAACAGGGCCGCGAUGUGCAGCUACCACAUGAAACAAUAUGAAAAAGCCGUAGAAUUUUGUGACAGAAUUUUGCAAAAAAAUAAAACUAACGAUGAGAUUUUAGAGUUAAGGAAAAAUUGUGUUAAUGAGCAGAAAUUAAAAGAGAGGAACCAAAGGAAAAAGGAAAUUGAAGAAAAGAAACGAUUGGAAGAGGAGACUUCUUUAGUAAAUGAAAUUAUUAAGAGAGGAUAUGUUAUAGAAGGAGGAGAGAGAGGAAACAUACAUUUAAGCAAACUGGAACCUUGCUUUCCCGAAUUAGCCCAAAACAGGGUGUUUUUAUGUCAAAUAACCGGCUGCUUGGUUUGGCCAGUGGUUUUUGUUUACCCCGAGUAUAAGAUCAUGGAUUAUCUUCAGCAGUUCAGCGAAAUAGACACUGUUUAUGACCAAUUGAAAAUAGUUUUUGACACAUAUCCCGAGUGGGAUGAAAAACGGGAAUAUCGGCCCGACAAUUUAAAUGUUUACUAUGAAGAUGACAAACAAAAACUCGUAAAAGUAGAUGUCGAUAAAUGUUUAGAGGAUGUUUUAAAGGGUCCAGGCUAUGUAAUCAAAGGAGGCACUCCAUCGUUAAUAGUAUUAGUCAAAAAUAGUCCAAUCGAAUAUAUGUUACUGAACGACCAAUAAAACCAGUUUUGCAUUCUUUA